CAGGCCUACAUUCCAAGGGAUUUCUUGCAACAGCUUUUAUUUAUUUUAUUUAGUUUAUCAAAUUUAGAAACCGCCCGUUCCCGCUUAAGCUCUUAAAAUUCCCGCCUGUAGAAAUAUGCAGGCGUUUCUUUUCCCCCAUCUCCCAAACUUUGAAAAGUUGUCCUCGGCUUACCCCCCACCGCCUGUGUUUCCUCCCAAAACGUUGACAUCUCUUUAAUCUUCAGUCUCUUCCAUUCUUGCGUCACUGGUCCACUCCCCUUCCUGCCUCUUCCUGAUGUUCUUUGGUAAUCGAUUUAAUUAAGUUCUCCCACGUGUCUUGUCGUCUUCUCCUCCUCCUUCGUUCCCUUUUGCAGUUGUGUAACUUUUGAGCCUUGAAAUGACUCAUUUUCCCGCCUCCACCCGUCCAACCCAGUAAGCUGCUUUUCCAAGAAAUACGAUCCAAUGAUCCAACCACGUGUGAAUUUAUAGCCCUCCCUCCGGGGUACACAUGUAAGGCGUGUGCAGGCUGAUUUCCAGGGCUUUUCGGCGUCUUUUUUUUGCAAAGACUCGUUCCCCCUUCAGGGCUCGUGGUGUCAUUUUUAAUUUAUUUUAAUUUUUUUUAAAGUAGACAAGCAGGAAAAUGGAGGAUGCUAUUCGGACUCUGAACACCCUCCAGACCAACGCCAGCUACCUGGAACAGGUGAAGCGAGAACGGGGAGACCCUGAGCUACAAUUGCAAGCGAUGGCUGGGUUCUUGGAACGGACCGGCUUGAAGGUCGAAGACCUGGAUCAACUCAACAUCAUUCAUGUUACUGGGACAAAGGGCAAGGGUUCGGCAUGCGCCUUUACGGAACGGAUUCUGCGCAACUACAAUUUAAAGACCGGUUUUUACAGUUCACCGCACCUGGUUCAAGUCCGCGAGCGGAUUCGGAUUAACGGUCAGCCCAUCAGCCAAGAGCUUUUUAGCAAAUAUUUCUGGCAGGUGUAUAACCGGUUGGAGGAGACCAAGGACUCCCAUCAUGCUUCCAUGCCUGCCUACUUCCGGUUCCUUACAAUCAUGGCUUUCCACGUCUUCUUGCAGGAGAAGGUUGACCUGGCGGUUAUAGAAGUUGGCAUCGGGGGCGCCUACGAUUGUACAAACAUUGUCAGGAAGCCAAUAGUAUGCGGAGUCUCCUCUUUGGGCAUUGACCACACCAGCAUCUUGGGAGACACCAUUGAGAAGAUAGCCUGGCAGAAAGGCGGCAUCUUCAAGCCCGGUGUGCCAGCAUUUACGGUGCCACAGCCGGAGAGACCCUUAGAAGUCCUGAAACAGAGGGCUGAAGAAUGCCAGUGUCCGCUUUUUCUCUGCCCGGACCUGGAUGACUUCGAAGACGAUGACAAGCUCCUUCAACUAGGUUUAGCCGGUGACCAUCAACGGUCUAACGCUGCUUUAGCCCUCCAGCUGUCCCACACGUGGCUGGGCCGUUGUGGGUAUCUAGAAACCGGUGAGCUGAAGGACUCGUGGCGAAUUUCUGAAGCUCCAUCAAAGAGGGUUCCCGGCUUGGCUCCUGCUUUUAAGCCGGACCAGCCCAUGGUACAAGGCCUGCAGGCAGCCGUGUGGCUCGGACGCAACCAGGUGCUGCACCACGGCCCGGUGACGUGGUACAUCGACGGGGCCCACACCACCAGCAGUAUGCAAGCCUGUGUCCGCUGGUUUCGCCAAGCGGCCCUGAACGAAGACAAACCUACGGACGGCUCCGAAGUCAGAGUGUUGCUCUUCAACGUGACGGGAGACCGCGAUACGGCGGCUUUGCUGAAACUUUUGCUGCCCUGCCAUUUUGAUUACGCUGUUUUCUGCCCCAACUACACAGAGGUGUCGACGGUGGGAAACGCAGAUCAGCAAAAUUUCAACGUCACCUUGGAGAACGUCCUGACCCGCUGCCUGCAGAAUCAGAACCACUGGAACCGGCUGAUGGAGGCCAAAUUGACGCAGGACCCUUGGUUCCCCGUCUUGCCCGAGGUGGGGGGCUGGCUGAAGCAGCCCCUGCAUCACAGCCCCCCGAUCUUCGCCGCCUCCUCCACCCGCCCGCUCAAUUCCAACUCCUUGGUUUUCCCUUGCAUCUCACAUGCUUUGCAGUGGAUCACCCAAGGCCGGGACCCAAAUCUGCCAGCGCUGGCGCCCCAGGGACUCCACCCGCACCCCGUGGCCAGCAGCGGGGCCGUUCUGCUCAAGGAAGCCGUGGCCAUCCGUGUCCUCGUAACGGGCAGUCUGCAUCUGGUCGGGGGCGUCUUGAAGCUGCUGGAUCCCAGUCUUUCUCAGUAGGCCCAUGGGACGCCGUCUUCUGCCAAAGUGGAUAGGGCGGCAGAGGCCUUGAUGUCUCGCCCCUAUCUGUGGUGUGGAACCACGGGGCACGUACAGCCACGCCAUUCCUGGGUGGUCCGGGUUGAGUCCUCGACUGAAGCGAAUCGAACUCCAGACAACUAUGAUUGGUGGCAUCUUACCUGAUGGUUGAACGUUGAUGGUUGAACCACUUGAGGUCCGUCUGCUGCACCGGCUUGGAGACAUGGUCCUUUUUCUCAUAACCAAGCGGGGACCUUUGGUGGGGUCAACCAUCUCCUCCAGCCUCGAGCAAUGGACGGGGGGGUAUCCACCCAACAUGUUCCUCAGCACAACCCGAGGCAAGAUACAAACCACCACGCCUCCGAAACGCCCAUGUGCCUUCUCAACUCACUCAUUCGCCGUGUCCCGUCGACGUUCCUCUCCCGUUUUUCCAUCCCCGUCUUCGAUCACUCGCUGCCUUGAUCCGUUGGGCUAUACCCUUGGGGGACGCUGCUACUCACUUGUCACAAAUGGUCCCCCCCUCCAUUUUUGAGCUCCCCAUCUCUACUUCUGGACCUCUGUUUUGGGGUGGUGGACAUUGAAAAGGACCGGUCGUAUGGAGUACGAUGCUUCUACAUGCUUGGUGCCUACUACAGUCUGGAGCCCAGAAAAGCAAGCUUAGCCGGGCCCAGUAGGGUAUGGACUGGUUUUGGGGUGGGGGGUGUCCCUGGGCUGAUCCCCCUUGAGAUCCAAGUGCCUUUUUUGGGGGGAGUCGGGGGGAGGAGAGAGUCACUGUGUUCUUCCAACGAGCUGCCAAAACUUACGAUAACUUCGGGGACGGUGGGACCAAGCAUUUCAACCCCCCCCUCCCCCACUUUGCUGCAAUUGGACUCCACCGUUGCCCACAUCCAUUCUAUACUCAAACGUGGGGCGGUCAGAAUACCUCUCCCAUCUUCUUUCCCCCCCCCGCCAGGCGAAAGUAGGCCGUGGCUGAUGGGCGGUGUAGUUCCCCAACUCCAGCUUUUUUAACCCACCUGGAGAAUUCCGCCUGCGUUCUGCAAGAGGAAUUGACGCGGUUUGAGGGAUGGGAUGGGGUGGAGUGCGGUGCGUGCGUGGAAACCUGAUCAAAAGGUUCCCACACUGGCAGCCCUGCCAGGAUCGACCUCCCCUUAAUUUUAGGGGAACUUUGGGGGGUUCUUGAGAGGCAUCCAUGCUGCCCAAACUUUCACUGUCUUCUUUAAUGGCUGGAAGGCUUCAUUUGUUUAAAAUCCCUUGUGGGCAGUGAGAGUUAAGAAGGGGGGGAGACCACUAAAAGCUAGCUUAGCUUCUCUUUGCAAUCCCUUCCCUUCCCUUCUUUCCUCUCCUCUCCUUUUCCCCCUUCCCUUCCCUUCCUCCUUUCCCUUCCCUUCUUCCUUCCCUUUCCUCUCCUUUUCCCCCUUCCCUUCCUCCUUUUCUUUCCUCUCGUUUUUCCUCUUCCCUUCCCCCUUUCCCAUUCCUUCUUUCCUUUCCUUCUUUCCUUUCCCUUCCAUUCUUCCUUUCCUUUUCUCUCCUUUUCCCCCUUCUCUUCUUUCAUUUCUUCCCUUUCUUUCUGGCUUCCCUUCCAUAUCAGCCU